AUGUCCAACAGCAGCUCCAUCACCCAGUUCCUCCUCCUGCCGUUCACAGACACACGGGAGCUGCAGCUCUUGCACUUCUGGCUCUUCCUGGGCAUCUACCUGGCUGCCCUCCUGGGCAACGGCCUCAUCGUCACCACCAUAGCCUGGGACCAGCACCUCCACACCCCCAUGUACUUCUUCCUGCUCAACCUCGCCCUCCUCGACCUGGGCUGCAUCUCCACCAUCGUCCCCAAGUCCAUGGCUAAUUCCCUCUGGGAUUCCAGGGACAUCUCAUACUCGGGAUGUGCGACACAGCUCUUUUUGUUUCUCUUCUUGAUUACAGCAGAAUUUUAUCUCCUCACAGUCAUGUCGUAUGACCGCUACGUUGCCAUCUGCAAACCCCUGCACUACGGGACCCUCCUGGGCAGCAGAGCUUGUGUCCACAUGGCAGCAGCUGCCUGGGCCACUGGGUUUCUCAAUGCUCUCCUGCACACGGCCAAUACAUUUUCACUGCCCCUGUGCAAGGGCAAUGCCCUGGGCCAGUUCUUCUGUGAAAUCCCCCAGAUCCUCAAGCUCUCCUGCUCACUCUCCUACCUCAGGGAAAUGGGGCUUCUUGUGGUCAGUGUCUGCUUAGGAUUUGGGUGUUUUGUGUUCAUUGUGGUGUCCUAUGUGCAGAUCUUGAGGGCCGUGCUGAGGAUCCCCUCUGAGCAGGGACGGCACAAAGCCUUUUCCACCUGCCUCCCUCACCUGGCCGUGGUCUCCCUGUUCAUCAGCACUGGCGUGUUUGCUGACCUGAAACCCUCAUCCAUCUCCUCCCUAUCCUUGGACAUGGUGGUGUCUGUUCUGUACUCAGUGGUGCCUCCAGCAGUGAACCCCCUCAUCUACAGCAUGAGGAACAGGGAACUCAAGGAGUCUAUAAGGAAAGUGAUGACUGUUUUCUUUUCAAAAGCUGUAAUGAAGUGACCUCCUGCUUCUGCAUGUCACUUGUAAUAUAACGCAGUACUAGUUCAACCUGAGUUCUGUAGCUUUUGUGGUUUUUUUUGUUGUUUGUUUUUUUCUCUUUGGUGUUUGUUUUACUUGCUUGUAUUAAUGCUAUCCACAAGAAAAAUUAUUUGUCUUCUUAUGGCUGUGUCCAUAUCUACCUGUCUGGUGUGUCCCAUAGUCUUUGUGUAAAUAAGAACCCGUACUCUCUGUGUGUAUAAAUGAAAUAAAGGACCCCGCACUGACUUGUUUGCCCAGAAUCCUCUCUCUGGGAUCUCUGGGGCUGCAGGAGCCAUGUCUGUGUGCUGAGGGGGAGUGAGCAGGAGCCACCCUGAGAUGGGUCUUCCUCCCACCCUGACCAACGUGAAUCUGCGGACUCACCCCAUGGCCCUGGGCACCACAGCCCACUUGCUCUGCAGAGCAGCACCGC